UCACUCCCAAUUUUCCACUCAAAUUCUUAAUCCAAUCUUCUUCUUUCUUCUAAUUCUUCAUCGAACUUCAUCACCCAUUAAUGAAUUCAAUGGAUGACGCUUCCACUCUUGAUCUGAUCAGGCAACAUCUUCUCAACGAUUUCAACUCCAUUGAAGCUUUUGCUUCAAAUCUCAACCUCGAAAACAAUAAUGGAACAGAAUCUCAAAUCUCCGCCGCCCCUUCAAAGGUUGGUCCACGGCGGCCGUCGCUCAACGUAGCGAUUCCACCUAAGAGCUACUCUGUCGAAUCGGCUUCCGGGACGGCGAUUGAGCCUAAAUCCGAUGUGGGUAUGAACCGGCAUUACAGAGGGGUGCGCCGACGGCCGUGGGGGAAGUUCGCAGCGGAGAUUCGUGACCCCAAUAAGCGUGGGGCUCGUGUUUGGCUUGGAACUUAUGAUACUGCCAUUGAAGCUGCGAAAGCUUAUGACAGAGCUGCUUUCAAGAUGAGGGGAAGUAAAGCGAUUUUGAAUUUUCCUCUUGAGGCUGGGAAGGAGGUAGAGGAGCCGCUGUCGACGGUGGAGAUUGGCCGGAAAAGGAGGAGGGAAAGUGAUAUUAUGGAAAUAGACAACAAGGCGGUGAAGAAAGAGGAGUCCUCGGAAACACAGGAGUCAUUGGCAACAGAGGAGAUCGGAGUUCCGGCGACCAUUUGUCCGUUAACGCCGUCUUGUUGGGCGACGGUAUGGGAUAAUGAUGUGAAGGGGAUUUUCAGCGUGCCGCCGUUGUCGCCGUUAUCGCCUUAUCCGUUAAUGGGAUAUCCUCAAUGCACAGUCAUAUAAAAUAUAAGUUUGUGAAAAAUGAAAAAUCGAUGAAUUUCGUAAAAAAAAAGAAAAAAAAAUUCAAAUCGGUAAACUUUGUGAUGGUGAAGAUGAGCCUUAUCCAAGUUGACGAGAAGAAUUUAAAAUUAAAAAAAAGAAAAGAAAAGAAAAGAAAAAGAGCAAUAUAUUUUGAAGGGGUUUGAAGUUUGGGAAUUAAUAUGAUUUGUUUGUUCAUUUAUUGAAAUGUAAAAUUUUGAAUUUUCUUUAUGGAAACCAUCAAACAUCAUGGAGAUGUGUUGAAAGGUCAAAUGGUUAUUAUGAAAAUUAGGUAAUGAACUUAUUUGGUCUA